AAAUGUAUAUUCCCGAACAUGGGAAAACAUAAACAAAUACUAAAAGUGGUUGUUUGCAUGUAGUUUAAGUGUUUUUAUUAGAAGUUGUUUAAAAACAUGUUUUAUAUAUGGAUUUAUCUAUUCCCUAAUUGCUUGAGGUUCUCUAUUAUUUGAGUAUUUUCGAGUACUUAUUUACAAAAGAAAAUAUUUGAAUUAAUGAGUUUCUAAAAUGAGUGAAUUCAAACUUCAUCAUCUUGUUGUUGAACUGAUUGAACUUCUUGGUUCUACAUCUGCACCAGAGAAACAUGUCGAACGCUUGCAAAAAGAAGGUGCAACAACCAAUCCAGUGGCCUUGAAUACCAUAGCUACUCAAAGUUGUGUUCGACAACUUGCCAAAAAUUCCCCGAAUCCAGAGCUAUUUAUUAAAAAAUAUGAGGAACUUUUGUCAAAAAAGGUGGAUUUGCUUGGGCCAUUUAUGCAAUUGCUGGAAUUCAUAUCAAUAGACAGAGAACUCAAGACAUAUCUAGCUAAAAAUUCUACUCCAUUAGUUGGAACAACUUCUAAGAGCGCAACCAUUACCAAUGAAGAUUUACCUAAGAUUUUCAAAAAUGUCAUCAAAGCUGUAGUUGAAGGGGAAAAGAAAUUAAACAAACAAGUUUGCUCAGUUAACAAGCAGAAUGAUGCUAUGCUUAUGAGGCAUACUUGGUCUACAGAGAGACCUCGUCUGUCAUGGGAUUUUCAAGCAGAUGCCACAGUGUCACUUACGCAAAAAGUUGUACCAUCAGUGUCACAAGAAUCAAUACUUCUUUGGGACAUAUUGCAGUGUUUAAAAGGAAUUGAUGGAUCCUACAUAGUUUCUGAACCUCUUACAAGCCCCUACAGUCCUAUAACUUUUAAAAUCUCACCUGAUGUUGGUAUAUCAUUCAAACAACUCGCUCAACAAAUUCUACCACUAGCUUCAUAUUAUUCAAUGACUGUUCGCUUUGUGGAAGAAAAAGUUCUUCCAGAUGAUGGACAAGUCAAUCAUGCCUUAAGAGGAGCCUUAAGCUGUUUGCUGAGAGAUUACUUGUUAUUUAUUGUGCAACUGGAAAUUGAGCAUAUUCGAGGAAAACUGAAUUUACAAAAGUUAUGGUUCUAUAUGCAACCAACAAUGACAACUAUGUCAAUAUUAAACCAGAUCACUUCUACCAUUUGCAAAGCUAGUGCUAGAGGCGGUAAAGUUUUGAGUCUUCUUCAUGAACAAAUUAAUAAUAUGAGCGGAGAAGCUAAGUGCAAAGAAUUAUGUUUAUUUUUAAUUAAAGCUGCUAGUGUACCAUAUAUGCAGACGUUAGAAAAAUGGGUGUACAAAGGGGUGAUAUGUGACCCGUAUCACGAGUUUUUUGUAGAAGAUAAUGAACUUAUUCAAAGAGAAGAAUUGCCCAUAGACUACUCUGCUGACUAUUGGGAAAAAAGAUAUACCAUGAGGCCAGAACGAAUCCCGGUCUUCCUUAGUGAGCAUGCUCAAACAAUACUCAGGACUGGAAAAUACUUCAACGUUAUUCGACAAUGUGGAAAAACUGUACAGUGGGGAAAACAAGAACCUUUGGUUUAUCAACAUAGGGAUCAAAAGUUCAUUGCUGCUAUAGACAGAGCAUAUUCAGAAGCAGCUAGAACUUUAUUGGAAGUUUUGAUACAAGAAAAUGAUCUGAUGGGACGUUUGCGUAGUGUCAAAAACUAUUUCCUUCUGGCACAAGGAGAUUUUGUGGUUCAAUUCAUGAAUUUAUGCGAAGCUGAACUGAGUAAAAAUAUGUACGAUAUCGUUACUCAUCGAUUAUCGUCGCUUCUAGAAGUUGCACUGAGAAUGUCAACUGCAGAUUUUGAUCCUUACAAAGACGAUUUGAAACCAGAAUUAUUGCCUUACGAUUUGCAGUACCAAAUGUUUAGAAUCUUGUCCAUUCAAACGACAGAAGAGAAAGACUAUUGUUCGCAAGCAGACAAGACUUUAACCGGUUUAGAAGCAUUCGUCUUCAAUUAUGAUGUAAAAUGGCCAGUUUCAUUAGUUAUUAAUCGAAAAGCAAUCGCUUGUUACCAAAUGUUGUUUAGACAUUUAUUUUAUUGUAAGCAUGUUGAAAGAUUGUUGUGCAGAGUAUGGAUUAGCAACAAAAUUGCUAAAACGUUUACUCAUGAAGCAGCUAUGGCUUAUCGGCAAGCAUUUUCCGUUAGACAGCGCAUGCUCGAUUGCAUUCAACAUCUCGAGUAUUACAUGAUGGUUGAAGUUAUAGAACCGAAUUGGUUGACCUUUUUAAACAAAAUGAGCAAGGUCAGUAACGUCGAUGAUGUAUUGAGCGUCCAUCAAGAUCUGCAAGAUAGUUAUUUAAAGGAAUGUAUGUUAACGGAUCCGGAACUAUUAGCGUGUAUCACGGGUAUAUGUGCAGUAUGCAUCGAGUUUUGUAAAUUUAUGCAGCGUAUGAGCCGCUACUUCAUUGAUGCGGAAUUGACUUCCAUGAUCGAUGCCGGUCAAGAUGACGUCUUUGAACCAGAGUCUGAAUGCAGUGGCAAUUCUAGCGCAGAGGGAACGAGUUUUGAAGAAAAAAUUGUUCUUCUAGACAAUCGAUUCACUGAUGUGCUCAUUCGAUUGCUGAACAGAAUUUGUGAUUUAGGGUGCGAUAAUAGUAACGAAAAAUUGUUAAACGUUGUUUGUCGGUUGGAUUUCAAUCUAUUUUAUACCCAAGUUCUUGUACAAAGGGAUUCCGAGAAAAGGACGCAAGAUGUAUCCGGAUGAUCGUAAGCUAUGUCAAACAUCAGGCGAUUAUUCUGUAUCGAAAAAACAUAAUCUGAGAGGCAUGUUCGAUUGAUACACGAUGCUAGUAAUUGAGUUGCCACAACUACAAGUAUACAACCGAAAGCAAUCAAAUCAUGACAAAUUCAAAGUAUUCAAAAAAGUCUUUUCAAACGUACUAUUUGUAAAAAGUAUUAUCUCGAUUUUAGCAGUUGUAUGUGCCAUUAUUGAUAAGAGUAUUACUACUGAUAUUAUUGUGGAGUGCACGUGAGUUGUAGGAAAAGAAAAACAAUCUCAAAUAGCUUUUAGGAAAAGUCUAUUUUUAAUGUGUAUCUGGAAUAAUAAAAUAUUCAUUCAUAAAAAA